CAUUCACUACAGGGUCCUACAAAGCCAAGGACCUGUACACAUUGCUGCUGCAAGACAAACUGUGGAUAGCUCAACACGGACAACUUACUGCUUUGCGACUUUCUGAGAGGAUCUGCUCAUUUGGAAUAUAAUCUCUAAGGACUAUUUCACACAAUCACAAAAAUACAUAGUCUUAAUUUUGCGUAAUUCCUCUAGCUGUGCUUGAUUUGUUUGAAAUGUUGUAAUCUGAGCUGAAGUUUGAAGCCAUUUGUGAGAGGGUGAAGGACAAGUGCAAUGCGCGUCAGACUCGUCCAUAGGGAUUGUUCCACUUGCGCCUGAGGAGCUACAUGUCAGGCUACCGCAAAGGGCUUGUCCAAUGUGAAUAACAAGAGACAACUUCCAGCCUCUUCAGAUUUUCAGUUAUACAAGCAAGUGUAACCCGGAGUUUGACCGAGCCAGCUGAGCAGCUCUGACACCCCGGACUCUACCCGGGCUGGGGAUGGUUGUGGAUUCUGUGGGGCCAGGAGCGAUUCAGCGGCUCCUACAGAACAGCACCUUUUUCUUGUUUGGGGUUACAUCGAAAUUAAAAGGAGAUGAGAACCGUGAUUUGUUACUUCCUGCUGUGGACCACGUACCUGCUACUGGCCACCUCUGAGGAAGUGGAGUUUCCCCAGGAGCUGAUAGACAGAUUGUCGCACAGUGAAAUCCACAGCAUCAGCGACCUCCAGCGGCUACUGGACAUUGAUUCCGUAGGUACGGGAAACGAUGUCAUCGAGGGGCCCAAACACCACAAGCACCACAACCACCAUAAGAACUACUCCCGUCAUAAUGCUUACUACAAUGACCUGAAGAGCUCCCAGCUCCACAGCCGUCGCAAGAGGAGCCUUGUCGAGGAGGCGGUCCCAGCGGUGUGUAAGACGCGGACGGUGAUCUAUGAGAUCCCCAGGAGCCAGGUGGAUCCAACGUCUGCUAACUUCCUGAUAUGGCCGCCUUGUGUAGAGGUGAAGCGCUGCACAGGCUGCUGCAACACAAGCAACAUGCGCUGUCACCCUUCCCGCAAGCACCACCGUACAGUUAAGGUAGCAAAGCUGGAGUAUGUAAGGAGGAGAACCAAGCUGAAAGAGGUCUUUGUGCGGUUAGAAGACCACCUGGAGUGUGUGUGUACGUCACAACAUCAUGUGGUGGAGCAUUCAGAUGCAGAACCAGUGGACGUGAGGUGAGACCAAUUAGAGUGUCAGCAUGGGAAGGACCCCAAAAGAGGACACCAACAACAGGAGACCUGCUCUGUCCUCUUUCCCACUGCCAUGCAACCAUCGUUUUAAAAAACACAAACUUUUCUGAGAGAUGAAAGACUUAAAACAGACAAAAAACUAAAACUAAAAAAGAUGCCAAAGGUGCUUUUUUCUACGAAACAGUAACCAGUAAUGAUGACCUCUGCUGGGUGCCACCUCUCUGGACAACUGACUCCUGCAGCUGAGGAUGAAGAAAAAUGUUGCAGAGCUCAGCAGGGCAGACAGAGGCCGAAGGGAGAUGAUGAAAGGGAUUUGUGCUGAACAUUACGAUGGACUUUGUUUGAAGACGCACUACAGAAAAAGCUACGAAAAAGAGGUGGAAGAGUUUUCACAGGAAUCUUGUGCUCCACACUCCAAAACAGUGCUAGCAGGAGAUGAGCCCCGGCGUAGGGGUAGAAAGAAGCCCUGCCCUGCUUAAAGAUUUUCAUACACAGAAGAAAGAAAGAGAGAUGAAAGUCUGAGGAAAAAGACAGCGAGAGGUGUUUUCCACAAAUAACUGAAUGGAGUAACAAACAUUUUGAGUUUUUGGAUUUGUGAUCUCAGUCAAGAGGAGUUCCUCCACGACCAUGUGACUUUGCCCACUUAUUAUGUACAGUUCAAUUUGGGAAGGAAGAUGUUCCGCUACUUACAAACUAUUUAUAUGUGUGGAUGUUCACUGUUGGUCUCUUCCAGUACAAAAGAAAGAAAGAACAAAAAUAUGUUUUAAUGAUUUUGGAGACAUGAAAGAGUGCUGUGUGGCCAGGUUCAGUUCUUUUUAACCCUCACAAUCUCAAAGUCAUUUUUUAGUCCAUGUUAUUCUUGUCAUCCAUGUUUCUUAUUAUAUUACUGUAUAUUUGAAUGAUGUCAAGUCUUGUAUAUGGUUUGGAUAUAUGUGUUUGAGGAGAAGAUGUGAGAGUCAGUACAGGAAGAUGCUUUAUUUUUGUUAUGAAAUAUAUCAAGCUUACUUAUAUUCAAACAGGAAUUAUGAUUUUUUUUUUUUGUGGUCGUACGUUUGUAUUUAAUCCAGUGGAAAAGAUGCAGAAAUUUGGACAGGAGAUGGAAGAGACAAUGGAAGAAAGGCUGCCAGUGAAUCAGAGCUGUGAAGAAGAGCAAGCAGAAGCUCAAACAUGGCAACUUCAUAGCUUGUGGUCAUAUCUCAUUAUUCUACAGCCAUGAUAACUCCUACCUAAUCUUAAUUUAACAAGUGAUAAUUUACACAAACAUGCAUACAGCACACCAGAGCAUGUUCAUGUCUAUCAUACACUGCAAAAACUGAAAUCUUGCCAAGCAUAUUUGUCUAAUUUCUCACAAAAAUAUACAGUUACUCCCAAUUAAAGUCACAUUUACCUUACAAGUCCAUAAAUAAAUCUGAUUUGAAGACGUUAGAAAAUGUACGCUUCGCUGUUUGCAAUAAGUGGAAAUAUCUGCCAAUACAGAAACAAAGUUUUUAGAAAUGGGUAUUACAUCUUGUUUCAAGAAAAUGAUCAAGAACAUGUUUCUUGCUGCAUUCGCAGAUGUUUUUAUUCAUUAUAUAAAAUUAAUGUUCAGUUUCAGCUUUUAAUAUCUUGAAAUAAGAUUGAUAUCUAGACAUGUCAGAUAGAUGUGACAAAUAUAAGUGUAAUGAUAUAUUUUGAGUAGACAUUAGACAAAUGCACUUGCUAAGAUUUGUGUUUUGGCAUGGCAUAAAGAGUCAGAAAAACUCUACGUGCAUAAAUGCAUGUAGAGUAUGGGUGAAUGCGAUUCCUCUCCUAGCUGAGGCUAUUUUUCACCCAUAUCACAUUAACAUUGAUAAGGAAAGAUGCCCGCCCGCCCAGCUACACAAGUGCACAUGUUUUUCCUGCAAAGAGCAAAGUCCACUUUAAAGAGUGAAUGAGCGAGCAAAGCAAAUCGACAAGUGCAUGAAUGGGCUCCUUGUGUGCAGGAUUUACUCUUCUGUCGACAGGAGAACAAUUCACAGCUUACUCUGCCCUAUGGAGAGACUCACACCUUCUGCAGCUACAUACCAUCAGGACAGAUGAUGAUGAUGAGUGCCCUGAGGUGGCCUGAAAACAUUACAGAGCAGGCCUGACUCCAUGCAUCGAUGGAACAAACAAUGACUUCCUUACCAGUUCCUGAAACAGUGAUGAAUGUGCAACUAGGCCAACAUAACAAAAAAAAAAAAACAUCCUCCACCCCAUGCAAUGAGGAAGUUAUUCAGAGAUUUUUUCUUGGGACAGCAAAGGAAUAAGUCAAGAGAAGAUGAAUGGGAAUAAAAGAUUGAUUGACUGCUGAUUUGUGGACAUCAGAUCACACACACACCUGAAUAAACUAGCCGUUUGUUAACUUCUGCUAUAUUUAUAAAGCUUAAGUGUGAUCACUGUCCACAUUCACAUUAAAACUGAUGUGUGAUUGUGUUCUCAGUAAACCAGGGACCAAGCUUAGAUAGAUUUGAGUAUAGAAAAUGCCUUUUCUCUUUCACUAAGCCGCUAUUACUUUUCAUUUUUGCUUCCAUCAGAUGCAGAAAGACAGCAAUAAUCAUAAUUUAUAUAUUUAUUUAACAAUAAAUAUAUUUAUGCUCAUGAAAUUUUC